AUGACUCAGUAUGUAAGGGCUUCCCAAAGCUACUCAUAUGUGAAACUGGAGAGAUAUUUCAAAUUUCUAGGCGAUCCGAUCAAUGUUAGGAAUCAGCCUAAGGCAAAGCAAGGCGGCUGGCGAAGAGCGACGAGCACAAGCGGACUUUCUCCGUCUUUUUAUCCAUUUCUGCAGGAUCAUGUAUUCAUAAGGGAUGAGGCGGGCCAAGGGGAGCGCAGGCCUGAACUGCGGCCUACUCAUUCGGUCCAGAAUCAGGCCCUCCACUACAGGAACAGAGAAGCCUUUGCCACAAUCAAAUCAGCAUCAUUGGUUACAAGGCAGAUCCAUGAGCAUGAGCAGGAGAACGAGUUGCGGGAACAGAUGUCAGGAUAUAAACGGAUGCGGCGCCAGCACCAGAAGCAGCUGAUCGCCCUGGAAAACAAGCUGAAGGCUGAAAUGGACGAACACCGCCUCAAGCUGCAGAAAGAGGUGGAGACCCAUGCCAACAACUCGUCCAUUGAACUGGAGAAGCUAGCCAAGAAACAGGUGGCCGUCAUAGAGAAGGAGGCUAAGACAGCGGCAGCAGAUGAGAAGAAGUUCCAGCAACAGAUUUUGGCUCAGCAGAAGAGGGAUCUGACCAAUUUCUUAGAAAGUCAGAAGAAGCAAUACAAGAUUUGCAAAGAAAAGAUUAAAGAGGAGAUGAACGAGGAUCACAGCACACCCAAGAAGGAGAAGCAGGAAAGGAUCUCCAAACACAAAGAAAAUCUGCAGCACACACAGGCUGAAGAAGAGGCGCAUCUUCUCAGCCAGCAGAGACUCUACUACGACAAAAACUGCCGUUUCUUCAAGCGGAAAACGAUGAUCCGAAGGCAUGAGUUGGAGCAGCAAAAUAUUCGUGAGGUCUCUGCUUUUAGCCUUUGCCCUCCCCCACCACCACCCCCAAAAAAAACGACGUCCAAGGGGCGAUACUGA